AUGGAAGGAUUCAUACCUCAUAACAUGAUUAGAUUGGUGUUUUGGAAAUGUCCUCAUGAAAGGUGGUUCAAAUGCAACACUGAUGGAGCUUCAAGGGGUAAUCCAGGAUUAAGUUCUACAACUUUUUGUGUAAGGAAUGAUAGGGGUGUGUUGGUGUAUACAGGUGCAAGAAAGCUGCUAGCCACAACAAAUAUUGGUGCUGAAGUUGCUGUAAUACUGGAUGGGAUCUGGGAUUGUCCCUGGAAGAUUAGUGUGGAAGUAAGGAUGAUCAAGCACUGGAGUAAUAAGGGCCAUGUGCAAUUUGCUCACAUCUUGAGAGAAGGCAAUGCACUGGCUGAUUUUCUAGCUAACAUGGUUUUUGAUUUAGUAGGUUCAAUUAAAAUUCAUAUCUCUCAGGAGUUGCCAACAGCUGCAAGGAAGAUAUUAAAUAGUGACAAAAGUGAAAUGCCAUACAUUAGGCAAUCAAAAUACAAGGUUAGGGAGCCAGAUUGA